AUGCAGCAGCCUUCAGCCCCACACCCGGGCACCCCUUUUGGCUCGGAGGAGGACCAGGCAACCAGGACUCUCGCCAGAUACAGGAGAUUUCCACCGUUGAACAGCACCCACUCCUAUUCCCCCACAUUCGUCCUGCUGGGAGUGCCUGGGCUGCAGUCCGCCCAUGCCUGGCUCUCCAUCCCCUUCUGCACGGGGUACCUGGUCGCCCUCCUGGGGAACUCCGCCAUCCUCUUCGUCGUGAAGACGGAGGCCAGCCUCCACCAGCCCAUGUUCUACUUCCUCUCGGUGCUCUCGGCCAUCGACCUGGGCCUCUCCACCUCCACCCUGCCCAAGAUGCUGGCCAUCUUCUGGUUCGGCCGCGGGGAGAUCAGCUUUGGGGCCUGCCUGGCCCAGAUGUUCUUCAUCCACACCUUCACGGGCAUGGAGUCGGUCGUCCUGACCUGCAUGGCCUUUGACAGGUACGUGGCCAUCUGCCACCCCUUGAGAUACGCCACCCUCUUGACCAAGAGCCGCGUCGCCUGGCUGUGCUCUGUAGUGGUGCUGAGAACUUUUAUCCUCGUGUUUCCCAUUGCGAUGCUGACACAGCGCUUGCCUUUCUGUAGUCCUCGGAUCAGUAUUGCCCACACUUACUGCGAGCACAUGGGCAUCGCCAAGCUGGCCUGUGCCGACAUCAGGGUGAAUAUGAUCUACAGCUUGUUUACCAUCUCCUUCCUCAUGCUGGACGUGGUCCUGGUUCUUUUGUCCUAUGUGCAAAUCCUCCGUGCGGUUUUCCGGCUUCCCUCCAAGGAGGCCCGGCUGAAGUCGCUGGGCACCUGCGGCUCCCACGUGGCCGUGAUUUUUGUGUUCUACACCCCAGCGUUCUUCUCCUUCCUCACCCACCGCUUUGGGCGGAACAUCCCCCACUACGCCCACAUCCUCAUCGCCAAUCUCUACGUGAUUCUUCCCCCAGUGUUCAACCCCAUCAUUUAUGGGGUGAGGACCAGAGAGAUCCGCAGAAGAAUAGCCCAAGCUCUAUGGCACAAAGAUCACAUUUUUUCUAGAUUCUCCUAA